AUGCCUUUACGCACGCCUCCAACACAGACAGCGAAGCAGGGCCGGGCGCUUAGACACAGAAUUAAAACGAAACCGAAACUUACCAUACGUUUCUACGUAAUCGAGUUAAAGGAGCCAAGUGUCAAAACCGAUGUGAAUUUAAGAAAGGUUUCUGCUGUUUGUGAGCGCUGUAAGCCUUGGAAAGAUGAGAUCCUGGCAAACUCCAAAGGUCCUCUGUUCUGGAAUAAUUGUAAACCCUAUCUCUGGCCAGAGAAAAAAUGGGAGGUGGCUAAAGUCUACAUGGCUCGUGGCAAUGACAAGCACACGUCUGUUGACCAGUUUGAUAUUUCUGCUUUCCUGAAUCUCAUGACCAACUGCAACCACUUUGACUUUGAGGGCAAAAAUAAAACAGUCAUGCAGGUGACCAAUGUGAGGAACCGGGUCAUGCAUACAGCUUCCUGGCAUGUGAAGAGGGAGGACCUAGAGGUUAACCUUCAGCGAAUCAGAGAACUUGGUAGAGCACUGGAAGGAAAGGCACCCAACAUCAGAGCAUUGGAUGACGAUAUCAACCAGCUCCAGAAUAUAGACUUCAGUCUGAUCAUUGAGCUCACCAAAGGAAGAGCACAAGGUCAUACCAGUGCUGGUGUCAAGCAUUCAGAGAAUAUGCUAAAGUUGCAAAAGUUCCUCAGUCAAGAGCAACAGAUCCUGAAGGAUCAGUUGGAGUCCCUGUCUAAAUGCUAUGAAGAGGACAGAGAAAAAGCUUUGACUCAGGAGGAGCUGCAGGUGUUGAGGGUGUUCCUGGAGGUGAACAAGGACCUGGCGCAGAGUCUGGCACCCCAGUGGGACAGACUGAGGGAGGUGCAAAAGACUGUGGAACAGCACGGACAACAGAUAAACACACUCACAGGCAGAGUGGACGUACUGGAGCAGAACUCUCCAGAUUUUGAGUUUGGUGCAGGUAUCCUGAUGUUUAAAAACCAUCUAUUUGAGGAGACCAAAAAACGCGGAUGGCCUGAACCGAUAUUCUCUGAGCGUAGAGAAUCCGCUGGAUACAGAGGCAUCGUGAAAGUCAAUGGUCAGACAUUUACUGGUUCUACGGUUUGUGGAAGUAUAAAGAGAGCACACCAGGAAGUGUCAAAAAAGGCUCUUGUGGGCCUACCCAAUCAGACUGCAGACCUCAGUCAGCCAGCCAAUGACCAGGUGGAGGUAGAGGCCUCCAACAUGCCACCCAAUCAGACUGCAGACCUCAGUCAGCCAGCCAAUGACCAGGUGGAGGUAGAGGCCUCCAACAUGCCACCCAAUCAGACUGCAGACCUCAGUCAGCCAGCCAAUGACCAGGUGGAGGUAGAGGCCUCCAACAUGCCACCCAAUCAGACUGCAGACCUCAGUCAGCCAGCCAAUGACCAGGUGGAGGGGGAGGCCUCCAACAUGCCAUCCAAUAAAUUAAGAAAGCUCUCAGUCACAGGUUUGGCCUUCUAUGGAAGUGUCAAAGUGGACCUCAACCAUGACAUCUGUGAAGAGGGCCAUGAAGGGGAUGCUGUGAAAUCUGCAUACAUGAAAUUAGCCCUAUUGCUUGGUCUGCAGGUUUCCCCAGGUUCGUCCUAUAAGGAGACAGCUCUGCAGUACUGUCAGAGACGGGAUGUCCCGCUUCCACAGGAGAUCAGCCAAUCCACCGGCUGCACCCUCAAAUUCAGUGGACCCAUUACCUAUCAUGACCAAGAGGGCUCCAAUAAAAAGAAGCAGGCACAACAGCAGGCAGCUAAAAGGGCCCUGCAGGUCCUGUGUGAGUUCCUGGGGAAGAGCGAGGUAAAGGAAGACAACUACAUUGGAGCCCUGAAGGAACUACUAGAGGCUAGGGGACAGAGUAAACCUGUUUAUGACGUAACCGACAGAAGAGGAGGUACAGGGGAGGAGAGAGGGGCGGCCAUGGUUGAGGAAACAGGGGAGGAGAGAGGGGUGGCCAUGGUUGAGACAGGGGAGGAGAGAGGGGCGGCCAUGGUUGAGGAGACAGGGGAGGAG